AUGGCCUUGCCACGCUUUCCCGUUCGCUUCUUUGCCGUGCUACUCCUCGCCCUUAUCGUCGUCGUUCUCGCCACCGAGCUAUUUACUUGCGAUCAUCACUUGUGCUCAGUCGCUUGUGCUCAUCGCUUGUGCUCAGUCGCUUGUGCUCGUCGUAUUCACUCGUGCUCGCCGGUCCUCUGUCACCCGCCUUCCCAUGCUCUUGGCUCACCCCUUUCAUCGCUUUCUGUUUUCCGCUCUUGUCCCCGCCUCUUUGCUCCGCUUCGCCCUUGCUUGCCCCUCUGUCCCGCGUGGCGGGGUCUCUGCGCGCGGCUCCCAUGGCCUGUGCUUGUAGGCUAUGAGAAGCACCAGGAGCGGCGCAAGGAGGAGGCGUGUGAGCCCGUGGUGGGGCAGACGGGCGCGGACUCGCGGGUGCGGCAGCGCAAGGUGGAGGCGCACAGACGUGGACUUGCAUCAUUUCUCUUUCCACCUGCUCACUCGGAUUUCUCCUUUGCUCAACCGUUUUUCCCCUGCUCUCUUGUUUUCUCCCUUCCCUCAUCCGUCUUUCCCAACUCACUCUCUUUCCCCCUUUGCUCACCCGUUUUCCCUAUACUCUCCAGCAGCGAAGGUGCUGUGAAGAGCAGAGCGGUUAGGGGCAGUGUGUGGCGACAAAUGGGCGGCAGCAUGCGGCAGAGAAGGAGGGUUGGGUUCCUGGCAUAA